AUGACAAAGAACGCCACAGUCCCACCAGCUUCACCACUGGCCACGUUUAUGAAAGGAUUGAUUGAUUCCAAGAAAUUCGAUUCAGCAGAAAUUGUCACUGACAACCCCAAACGAUUGAGCGGUUCCGUUGUGCGUCGCCCACAUCUCCAUGGCAAAGAAGAGUCGCAACGAUGGGAAUCGUACGACAAGAUUGAAAACGAAUGCAUCAACUGCCCUCAGCGACGAGCUUCGAUUGAUGAUGAUGAUGUUUUUUUCUCAGAUUUUGAAGGAUCCUCCUGUUCCGAAGGUGAUGAUGAUGAUGAUGAUGAAGCGGAUGAUACCUCCAGCACACCCCUUCCGAGUGCCCCUCUAUCGCCGCCCUUUGGAAAUAAUGAAAUGGAUGACGUGAUGCUGCAAAAUCACAAUGAAAAGCAAUCGUCAUCUUUAUCGUAUCAAAUGGCCUUGCAAAUGGUUCAACAAAAGUAUGCGGCAUCGUCACUAUCCUCUCCGACACAAUCUCCAAUUCAACAAUCCAAGAAUAAGUUACGUUCCGGUAUUCGUGGUGGUGAAUCAUCUGUAAGGGGAUAG